CCAAAAUAAAUCAUGGCGGCUAGUUUCCGCCUCUGUUCUGUUUAGAUCUUUUAAAGUUUAAUACCAACGAGGGUUUGUAAAGCCAAGUAUGUCCAUCGAUAUUCAGAAGUGGAAGGCAGAGGCUCAUGAAAAUGCUGCAAAGACUGUGGCGAAUAUGCUUCAGCAUCCUGACAGUCUGGAUAAAGUGGAGCAAUGGAGACGAAGAUACAUGAGGAAUAAAGCAUCAGCUGAAGCAAGGCUAAAGACUGCUGUUCAGUCCCAACUAGAUGGUGUGAGGACAGGACUUCAUCAGCUCGUUAGUGGCCUUCAGGAAAUCAAAGAGAUUAAACAAAGCAUGUACGAGGUUGACUCAAUGUGCAAGAAUGUGAAAUAUUUGGCAGACAAAUUACAAGAGGUCAGAGCUUGUCAAGGUAACCAAAGCCAGGUAUGUUACAUGGCCACAAUGAGAAUAAUAAUAAUUAUUGUAAUAUUUAUUAGUUUAUCAGACUUGGAGGCUACUAGAGAUGAACUACUGUUUGAAGUUCACAAGAUGGCACGGGAAGAGGAAGGCCCCAAACUGGACAAAACACCAUUGUACCAAUACUUCGAGCCAGUCAAGAAAUUAUCAGACUCCCUUGGUAAACAGUGUUGGGUGGUGUUAGGGCGAGUGCUCAGUACAGUGCGUAGCGACCCCGCCCAGCUGGUGACGGCUCUCAGAAUAGUUGAAAGGGAGACCAGAGCUGACAAAAGGGCACAGGAAAAAGAGGAAAGCAUGGGAUUUUCUGUUCCAGGGCGACCCAAGAAGUGGAAAGAAAGGACAUUCAAAGUUCUUGAGGAGUCAGUCAGUAACAGGUUUGAGAGUCUUGACAUGGAACUACAGAACAGACUCGAUGACAAAAUGUGGCUGGUGAAACAUCUUGAACGUACAAGACUGUUGGUUCUCGAUGACUUGAUUGUUGUCAAGAACCUGUGCCAGGCUUGUUUUCCUCCAAAUUACGACAUAUUUGAUCGCUACGUCAAGAUGUACCACAAGGCUUUAUCAGUUAUGCUGGAGAAAUUUGUUCUUGAAGAGAGACUUGAUUCCAAUGAGUGUAUCAGUCUGUUGACGUGGAUCAGGGAGUACAAGGGUACAGAUCUUAUGAUGCAUCCCGACCUUCAGAUCGAUGUGGGAUUCCUGGGUCCUCUACUGUCAACCAAAGUUGAACAGGAGUUACUAGACACUUACCUAACAACCACUAAAAACAACAUGAUGGAGUGGAUGAGUAAGAUAGCAGAAACAGAUUUAAAGGACUGGAACAGCGAAGCUCCGCCGGAAACAGACCUGGAAGGCUUCUACAAUACCUCACUUCCUGUCUUCCUCUUUAAAAUGACCGAUCAGAAUCUUCAAGUUGCUGCCAAGGCUGGAGAAGAAAUCAAACUACAGAUUCUGGAUAUUUGCCUUGAAUCCAUGCAGGGAUUCCAAAGAGAGUAUAGAAGUAAGUCAAGNUUUUUUUCUGUUUUCCUUGCCAGACGAAUAGCGUUCAAGGAUUACGAGGGAAGAAGAGAUGCCGCCAAGAAGAUCACGGAGGAAUCCAAAAAGAUCGAGAAACUCUUUAAAAAAUUAGCAAAAGCGAGCUUAGAACCUGAAACUCAAUGUUCAGUGUUGCCCACACUUGCAGAGGUCAUCAAACUCCGUGACACAUCCAUGAUGGCGCUUGAAGUCUCUGGAAUUGCUAACAAGUACCCAGACUUCAAAUCGGAUCACGCUCUGGCUUUGCUGUUGAUGCGGGGAGAUAUGACAAGGGCGGAAGCCAGACAGUUAAUCAUGGAGACUCCCCUGGAAGGAAGACAAGAUCCCCCGGCUGAUGAGCCCAGUGCAUUUUUCAGUCAGAUUAUUGUGCCACCAUCUCUGCUGGACAAACUGGAGACAGUGAUGAAGAAGAAAUAAUUAAAAUUAACUGCAGGAAUGUCUUUGUUAGUCCUCAGUUAAUUUCCAAAACAACUUCAAGUUGAAUAGUCCACUUUUAUGGUUUCGUCAUUGAAGUAUAUUUAGCCUUGUGCCUAAAUCUCUUUUCUGUCUGUCUGUCAUGUACAGGAAAAACCCACUUUGUUUUAGUUUUAGGUAGUUGUAGUAGUUUAGCUUAGCUUUGUGUCUAAAUCUCUCUUGUCUGUCUGU